GCGCUGGUGCGGAUCUUCUCUGGCAGGAAGCCUCUGCUCUACAGCUACCAGGGUUCGUUGCCAAACCUGCCGGUGCCUGCCAUCAAGGACACGGUCAAGAGGCACUUGGAAUCUGUGCGUCCACUGAUGGAUGACUCAGAGUACGAACGUAUGACCAAGCUGGCGGCAGAGUUUGAGAGCGGCGUCGGCAACCGCCUGCAGUGGUACCUCAAGCUCAAAGCUCUCUGGGCCACCAACUACGUUAGCGACUGGUGGGAGGAGUAUGUCUGUCUACGUGGACGGAGCCCAAUAAUGGUCAACAGUAACUAUUAUGGCAUGGACUACAUGUAUGUGACACCCACACCCAUUCAGGCGGCGAGGGCGGGCAACAGCAUCUACGGAUUCUUCCAGUACCGCCGCAAACUCAACAAAGAAGAGCUUCAGCCUACCCGCAUACCAGGCACUGUAGUCCCUCUGUGUUCAGCUCAGUGUGAGAGAACAUUCAACACCACACGCACUCCUGGAGAGGAGGCCGGUAAAGAGACACACACACACGCACACACUGUGGCAUCACAGUGCUGAUAUAUGAUACAUGACAUUGUCUGAACAUGAGCAGCAGGUAGCAAAGUGAGCAAUGCCAACACACCACUGUUUCAGAGAUGAUGAGGCAUACUGAAGGUGUUUGAGCCCUCUGGAGUUUAAGCGUUGGAUAGAAAACUGUGUGAAAGACUGUGUGUGUCU